UCAUGCGCUCAUAAUUUACUUCAUUGCGAUCCGGCGGCCCAAGUUUGUUUUCACCUAUUCCCCUAACUUCAAAAAGUUUAUACCGCCAAUAUGUCCGGCGAGUGGAGCACUAGUUUCUGCGGCUGCUGUGCUGAGCCUGGUGGUGCUGCCACCUGCUUCUACACCUGGUGUUGCCCCUACUGCGCUUUUGGCAGCGAGGUGGCGAAGCUGGGCCCUGAGGUGUGCUGCGGCGGGAACUGCUAUGGAGCAUGCCUGGCUUACUACUGCUUGUUCUCGCUCGGCCUUUGCUGCUUCAUGCAUAUGUCUGUGCGUGGACACAUUCGCCAGAAGUACGGUAUCAACGGCAACGGAUGCAAUGACUGCCUGCUCACGAUGUGCUGCCCCCUAUGCGCUAUUUGCCAAGAGACCCGUGAGAUUGCUAAGCAUUCAUCCUAAAUUGGCAUAGUCAAGAUAUUUGCAAGGGGAUGUCCGACAGACUUCGCCCGGCUUUUGGACCAAUGCAACGCGACCAACAUCAAUUACCGCAAGUCAUGAUAAAUAAUGGUCGCGAAUCGGAGUACUGCAAUCGGAGUACUGCAAUGCCUGCUCGAAUGAUGCCCGUGCAGCUGAAGUUCUCUUGACGAUUUCUAGUCAUGACCUGGUUCUCGGCCUAAAUGCCAACUCGUUGUACAUGUGAAUCGUAUUGUUGAACCACCUAUGUAUCUGUUAUCCCGUACCGCUGUGUCUGUUGGCUUCAUCCUGGGCGCGCUGCUGCACUGUCUGCUUCAAUGCGACUCCUGUAACCGUCCUCACCUUGGACAUCACGACAAAUGUGAGCAAUCAUUUCACGAUCUUGGCAUGUCAAUCUUCCACGCGGCCUUGUUGUAAAGCAUGCAAAGCGCACAAUGCCUGCCAGGGAUGCGUGUGUAUAAAGCCCUCGAUGUUCCUCUUCGGAGUCUAGAGGGUUGAACGGUGAUGCAUGGUGGGGCAUCACAGCUCAAUGAAUCACAUAGGACUGGUGGUGUUGAGUCACCGUGCAGUUUGUUAAAUUUGCUUUCAUUACUCACUUUUGAUUUGAAGUCCUUCAGCCUGACGUAUGGUCGUAUGUGUGUCUUGACCCGUGUAAAACAGCCACAUGGCAG